CUUCGCUCGUAUAACGAGCAACAUUAUUUUGUAAAAUAAAAAAUAAAUUUAACUUUCUAGUAUUAAAUUAUAUUCUGGUGAAAUUAUUUGUGUUUAACCCCACAAAUUGGUGACCCCGACGUGAUCCAGGGUACAUUUAAUACGAACAAAAGUUAAAUUCAAACAAACAAACAAUUUAAAAACAAAAAAACGAAACAAAAUGACCAUGGAAAAUAGGACAAAUGAAGGUCACUAUGACUUUCUCACGGGUUUUGGGUUCUCAGGACCAGGUGGUACAUCAUCAUCAUCAACAUCAGGUGCAUGUGGGAAUCAGAAUAAUAAUAAUAACCAUAAUCAGCAUCAAGAACAUCCAAUGGAACAACAGCAAGAGACAAUGGCUGGAUUUAAUGAUGUGCAGAAAGCCAUGAUUACCAGUAUGCUCAACGAGAGUCUUGUAAACACAGUAUCAAAACCCCAGGUACCAAAUUUUUUAAAAGAUCGUCCAGAGUUGUGGUUUAUACUCGUCGAAGCUGAGUUUAAUGCAUUAAAAAUUAGAAAUGACGAGACUAAAUAUUACUCAGUCAUUCGUGCACUUGACGCUGAAACAUUACAACAGGUUACUGAUAUAUUACACAAUCCACCAGUAAUUGAUAAAUACAGACGUAUAAAAGAAGCUAUUAUUCAGAGAACUUCAGUCUCUCCGAAAGCAGAUACAUAA